AUGGGGAACGCUCCAAUCUCACUGCCCCAUGCCUUGGAGAAAGAAAAGCGCAUACAAUUUUACAGUAAGAAGAGUGAGUUGAAGCAUGACCUCGGAGUAUUGGAGGAGUAUGAGCUCAAAUUACUAAAUGAUAGGAAAUCUGAAGAACUGAAGUUGCAGCAGCAAUUAAACAAAUUAAAAACGUGUGUGCGCUUGUUUCAAAAAGAACUAAAGGAUGUUGCGCAGAACUCAGAAUUUGUCAACAAGCUCAAGGGGACCAUGGAGGAGGUUGAAAGAACCAUCAGCUUCUUUAAAGAACAACAAAGAGAACUCUAUGAGCAUCUAAUGAAAGAUGAGAAGAUGACAAGUCAGGAGAUUGGUGCUUUGGAGAAGAAAAUUGAAUCCUGGUCCCAGGUUACCCUUCUGAUUAUUAUUUUACUGAAAUGUGAUGCACAGGUGCCUUUAUCCAAAACCAUUGAGGAUGACCUGCCAGCAGAGGUGGUGGCCUUUGAGAAGUUCCUGCAGCAGAGUGGAGGUCGACAGGGUGGGUGGGACGACUAUGACCAUCAAAACUUUUUGAAGGUGCGGACAAGGCACAAGGGGAACUUGUUGUUUAUAGAGGAGGCCUAUUAUCUCCCUGGACGGACACGUGAAGAUGUGGAACAGCAUGAGACCUGGUACAAGGAGUUCCUCGACCUGGAAGAUGAAAAAAAGGAAGCAAUUUCUCGUUGGAAGCUGAAGCAGGAACAAUUCCAGAAACGUGAAAAGAUUAAUGCCUGGAAAGCCCAGCAAGAAAAGAUGAGGAGAAGCGGCGGCAGCAUGAGGAGGAAGAGCGUGCGCGACACAGGGAACGUGAGACGCAGCGCCAGGCUGAGCUUCGAGUCAUUGCCGGGGACAUGUGCGGCGGAAACGGCAGCUGAAGGAGCAGCGCGGCGAGACGAAGAGCUCCGGGCGCAGGCCGAGCGGGAGGACAAGGCUCGUCUGGCCGCACAAGAGAUCCAGCGUUUCCAGGAACGAGAUCAGGAGAAGGUUGAAAGCAAACUUCUGGAGAAGAAAGCCAAAGAGCAAGAAGACAUUGAACGAGACAGGCGUCUUGCUAAACUGAAACAACAGGUGGAUGUGCACGUAGAAAGGGACCCCAGCAGACUCUUGAAGCUCACUAAGGGUUGGCUGGAAAGAACCAAACAUAUUGGGCCUUCUGGGGGAGGUCCACUUUUAACAAUCCCUCACAGAGCCGUUCCUGACUGGAGACAAGGACUCUAA